UCUCCAAAUCCAAUCAAACAAUUUGACUUUUGAUCGCCAGUGUCUAUACGCAGACAAAAGUUGUAACACCAAGCAAUGGCUUCAAUAGGACUUCAAAUGUGUCUAACUCUAGCCCUGAUGGGAAUGCUAUGGGCAGGAGCCAAUGCUCAAAGCUGCACUCCAGCACUCACCAACUUAACCCCAUGCCUUAACUACAUUACUGGAAAUACGUCCACCCCAUCACCUGCUUGCUGCUCGCAGCUGAAGACGGUCGUUCAAUCAUCUCCGCAAUGUGUUUGCUCCGUGCUCAGCAUCGGGGCUUCAUUGGGGAUUACUAUAAACCAAACCCUUGCUCUAAAACUCCCUGGUUCUUGUCAGGUUCAAACUCCAUCACUUAGCCAGUGUAAUGGUGGAAAAUCUGGAACACCUUCAACUGCACCAGCAGCAUCUCCUUCUGGUUCACCAUCUGAGGGUGCCAGUGCCAUUACACCAUCAGCAUCAGACAUUCCUUCAGGAACAGGAUCUAAGUCGGUCCCAUCGAUCGACGUGGGAUCGUCCGAUGCAAGCAUAGCAAAAGCCUCCCUUCAUUCAGUUAUCUGCCUUAUCUUCAUUGCAACCGUGGCCAAAUUCUGAGUUAUAGAGUUGAUUGAUGAUUGAUGUUUUUUUGGGGGGUAUGAUUAUUGUUUUCCAAUAAGAAGAGUGUUGCUGCACUACAUUGCUUGAAUUUGUUUAAUCAAUAAGAAUCAAUGGAAGGACUCUCCCAGUCUCAGUUUCCUUAA